AAUUGCAGAAUUGGAACAAACUGUGAAAGAGAAAGAUGAGCUUAUGGCUAGAAUUGUGGAAUUGGAGCAAUAUAAAUCAGAUACCGUGAAUCUUAAAACUGAGAAUAUUGAGCUUAGAAAUAGAAUUGCAAAAUUGGAACAAAAACAGUUACAAGAUAUUAAAUCUUUGGUCAAUACUGCUCCUACCGAAAUAGAGUCUUCAUCUCAACCGGAGGUUGGUUCAUCGGAGACUCUAAAAUUUCCAAAUCCAUGUUCUUACAACAUAGGCACUUUGUUGAAAGAAGUGAAGAAUAUCGAAUCAAAUUUUAUACUAAUCCGAGGUAAGCAAAACAUCCAGAAAUGA